UGCUCUAAACGUUGGCGAACGCGAUUGUGUAAACGCGGUAUGAUGAUACCACGUGACGUGAGUCCGACGUUGCCGUCCCGUGCAGAGCCAACCCGCGACGACCACGGGGCGUUCUCGGAAUCCGCAUUCGACACGAGACGGGCACGAGACAGAUACGACAUAUUGAUUACUUUACAAAUCAUUUGUAAAAUCUAAUAGUUGUGUUUACAAAAAGUUGUAUAAGUGUAAACUUUUAAAAAUUGUGGCGUAUUUCAACAUUACUACAAGACGGCAUAAUCAUGAAUAAAACAUAACCUAUUUUCAAGUGGAAUUAACCAACGGAAUUCGAAGUGUAGUUCUGCAAUGCAGUUUCAAAGUACAGUGUAGUGAUUCAAUUAAGUCGCAUUAUUAAUUUAAGAGGACUUAAUUAAAAUUAUCUUUGGAUUAACCGGACAAAUUAAAUGGUCUAUAUAAUGUUUCAAACUUUCUGUUGUAUAGUGUAAAUUAUAUUGAAAUAACAUGCCUUUGCCAUUCAACAAAUCGCUUGAUAUCAAAUUAAUACACCUCGUAAAAGACAAUCAAAUACUGUACAAUCCUAGGCAUCCGAAAUAUCUAGAUUUUGAUACUAGAGAGGUGAUAUGGCAGAAGAUUGGAGAUCAGUUAAGCAGACCUGCGCUAGUUUGCAAAUCUCGGUGGGUGAACAUACGUGAUAUGAUGCGCAGAAAAAUUCGCGACCGACUUCGAAGUCCCGCCCAGAGGCGUUACAACUACAAAUACGAAGAAGAACUUGCUUUUAUGAUACCAUUUUUCAAAGAUACAACCACGCAUGAGGAGUACAGUGAGUUCAUAGAUGAAGAAUCGCUAAUGCCUUCCGAAGUUUUCGUCAAUGAAUGCGAGUUCGAAAGAGAGAUAAAGCCGAACGUUGUUGGUAGUAAGACAACGAAUGAUUGUACCAUUUCAAUCUUAAGUGGCGAAACUUUGAGUACAGAGUUGAAUCCUCAUGAUCCUUUGGACGUAUUUCUGUUGACUAUCGGAUCAACUCUGCGAAAGCUAAACCCGUAUUUCCUGAACCAGGCCAAGUCUAAGAUAUUUCAGGUGGUGCAGGACUACGAGCUUCAACAAAUCGUGAGCAAGGACGACCAGCCUGUGAAUAGCAGCAUCGGAUAGUAUUUAGCUAUGAUACCUGAUUAAAGAUCACGUAGAGUGGAUAAUACCUCCCUCGACCAGAAUUAUUGUAUUGUAAUUUUAUCUGACUUAAAAAAAGGGGUUAUUGAUGCAACUGUUUUUCUUUUUGUUUGUGUAUUUUUUGCGAUUAUUCCGACAUUGUAAACCUAUUUCGAUGAUUCUUUUU